GAAAAUAUAAUUUUAUAUUGUAAAAUGUCAACUGGUUUUACUUGCAAAGAUGUUUUCUUGUCUUUUGAAGAUCUAAAAGCAAAUAUUAAAAAAUAUGAAGAUGCUAAUUUUGUGCAAUUAUGGAUGAGAGACGCCAAGACAAUUAAUGCUGCUAGAAAAAGCAUUCCAAAGAGAGCUAGUAUUAUGGCUCCACAAAUUAAAUACUCUUUUAUAAAGUACUGCUGCAUUCAUGGUGGACAAAAAUUUAAAUAUAAAGGUUUUGGAAAACGUCAAACUUCGACAUAUAAAAAAGAUUGCCCUUUCUACCUACACUUUAAGGCAUCGGAGGAUGGACAAGCAUUAAUCUUGCAUAAAUUGAACAAUACACAUAAUCACGAAGUAUCUGAAAUUUUCUAUAAACACUUACCUAAUCAAAGAAGACUACCUGAUUAUGCUAUUGCUAAAGCAGAAACCUUGUUAGGUUUGAAAGCUAACAAAAAAUUACUUCAACGAGAAUUGUUAAAUGAGACUGGGAAAAUGAUAACGCUCCGAGAUUUAUCAAAUAUUGCUGCUUCUGCACACAAAAGUGACACCCGAAAUGAUAUAACAGCCUUUAUUACAACUUUAAAGGAAAAAUAUAAUGCUAAUGUUGAAGUUUUGACAGAUGCAGACAAUAAUUUGCAAGGGCUUUUUUUUCAAGAUUUUUUUAUGCACAGUGUCUACAACGCAUAUCCUGAGUUUUUAUGCAUGGAUGCGACAUAUAAAUUGUUAGAAAUUCGACUGCCUGUUUAUAUUCUGCUAUGCGAAGAUGGAGCUGGUGAAAGUGAAAUAGCUGCUGUAGGUUUGCUCACGCAUGAAGAUGCUGCGUCUCUUAGUUGGUUUGUUGAAAGAUUUAAGAGUUUCAAUAUUGCUUGGCCAAAGACAAAUGUCUUCAUGACAGACAAAGACUUAACAGAAAGAGAGAUUUUAUGUAGUGCUUUUCCUGGGGUUUCUCUAUUACUCUGCUUAUUUCACACCAUGAGAACUUUCAAUCGUGAGAUUACAACUUCCAAACUUGGGAUAACAAGCGGUGAACGGACUUCAUCUUUAGAACUUAUUCAGAAAUUGGCUUACGCUACAUCAGAAGAAGUUUAUGAUGAACUAUAUAGAUUAUUUAUUUCAUCUUCUCCAACUACUGUUGUAGAUUAUUUUAACAAGAACUGGCAUAAUAUUCGUGUUGAUUGGGUUCUUGGUUUAAAUUUUGCUAGUGGAAAUUUCAUGAACAGCACCAACAACCGCCUUGAAAAUUUCAAUGGCAAAUUAAAAGAAGUGAUUGACUGCAACAGUUCCUUAGAAAAUUUCCUGGAUAAAUUUUAUGUUGUUCUAGCAUCAAUGCGUAAUGAGAGAGAUCAUAAGACUAUUUUUCAAAUGCAAAAAGUUCUGGUUGACAUGUUUGAUCCCAACUCAGCAGAGGCAGCAUAUAAGAAAGUUCUAACAUUGUAUGCAGCUCAACAUGUUUUAAAGCAAAUGAGCUUGCGUGGAGACAUUAAUUUGUUACAAAGAGAAAAUGAAUACUUUAUGGUAAACACCACUGAAGGUCUGCAUACAGUCACUUGGAAUUUUUGUUCAUGUAUGUUUAGAAAGUCAAUGCACUUACCUUGUAGACAUAUUUUUGCUGCUCGCCAAUUCCUUAGAAUAAAUUUAUUUGAUAUUGACUUAUGUGCUGAACGCUGGACAUUAAAGUACUAUCGGCAGCAUCAACGAGCUUUUAAUAGUCCUAUAAUGGCUGAUGAGUUGAGAUCUGUAGAGUUUCAUGUAGCUCCAAAAAAAAAACUCCUUUCUCAGCAUGAGAAGUUUAAACUUGCUCUACAGGAAACAUCAUUUCUUGCUACCCUUGUUUCUGAAUCCACUGGACAGACUUUUGAACAACGUCUCAGUCUUUUACAAGCUCUAAAAAAAGGUUGGACUGAUGGAAAGGUCAUGUUAGUUAAUGAACUUAUUGAUGUGGACAUUUGUUCUUCAAAAACAGAAAGUACAUUACCUAGUGCAUUAACUAUAGUUACAGAAUCUCCAAUAAAUUCAUUGGGAUGUGUAUGUUAAUGGUGUAAACACUUCAGUAGCACCGUUAGUAGUCAGUAAUAAAAAUGUUUUAAGCACUAAAAAAAAUGCUUCACAAUUAAAUACAGAGUAUGCAAUUGAUAACGACAGCAUUUUAUUAGAGGAAGCUAUUGAAGCUAAUGAAGAGUUAACAUCUGUGAAGAAUUAUGCAGGUGCAAGUUUAAAUUGAUUCUCCUAUUAAAUAUAUCUUUAUUAAAAUACAAAUAAAUCAACAAAUUUAAUAUUUUCACACUUUAAAAACCAUAAAUUUCUUGUAGAGUCUCACCUGAACAGGAUUCGGGUGCCGAAAUAUGUUUCUCGAUGUGGACGACCUAAAGGUUCUACUCUGACCACUAUUGGUUUGCCAAAAAAGCGACAACCUAAUUUGUAUGAAAAAAGAGUACCUUUUUUGAAAUUACAUCCAUCAAAAAGACAUGCUAUGAUGCUGGGUUGGUUUUUAAAACCAGAUGAUGUCCAUAAAGCUCUUUCUGGAAUUCUCAUUGAAAGUAAUUGUAUUGAAAAAAGAGUCAAUCAUAUCUCAUCUGCUAUUCUUGAUGAAAGUGCUGGAGGAGCUCUUUUGUCGCUACAAGGGUAUUUUACCCCAGAUGGAUGGAAAGUGCUCCAUGAACUAAUUGAUACCAAAUCUCGUCAAAAAGUUUGGCCUUGUGCUGUGUGCCAAAAAAGCACUUGCUUGGGUAAUGACAUUGGGGACUCAGUAGGAUGUGAUUCAUGCCUUUUGUGGUUUCACAAAAAAUGUUUUGGUCAGAAAGAAGGAAAUCUUCUAAAAUCAAAAUACUGGUUUUGUCAUUCUUGUUAGAAUAUUUUUUUAUUAAUGAAAUAUAGUUAUACUUGA